AUGGAUCAAGCCAAUGUCUCGAGCCCCGAGCCGUCUGAUUGGCAGCUUCGCCUGGCUAGCGGCCUCUGGCAAGGUGCCGAAACUCGCUGCCAAUUUGCCAUUUCGACGUCGCGUCGUCUUCUAGGCUGUGCUGGGCAUAGCUCGUAUGGGGUAACAAUGUGGCGGCAUCAGCGUGUCUCGGAAGACGUGAGCGAGGCUCACCGUCUGGUGAUUUUCCUGUCGAGCAGCUUGAUUCCCGUCUUGCUGCUGAGUCGCUUUCGCUUUCAACCUUUGGGGGUUGCCGCUGCUACUCCAUCACCCACACCCCGUCCCGCCUCCCGUGCCUGGAGCCAGUGGCGACUUUGUUCGAGUCCAAUUCAGCACGACCAGGCUUGUGAGCAUUUGCGGGUACUCGUUUCUGCAGACACACUGCCGCUUCUCAUUCGCCGUGCUGCUCACAGAGUUGGCGGCUAA